AUGUCCGUGCGGUAUGACUUGAGAGGUGACGCAUCAAGAGAGCCUUUGCGCGGUGGAUGCAGUGUACAGGUAGCUGGGAGUAACGCUGUAGACACAUCGGGAGAGCACUUGCCUCGCGGCAACACCAACGCUUCCCCUUCUGAGUCCCUGCGCUACCAUGGGGUUUCUCGGGGCAGUCGCUCUUGUUUGGAGCAGUUUCUGCACUUGGCACCAGUGCGUUGCAUUGAGACAGUAGCUCGGUUUCUCGACGUGGCUUCUUUCGUGGGCCUUCUGACCCUCAACUCUUCCCUACUGCGUCUUUGUGACUCCCCUGCACUGCUUCCCUGCUGGACACACUUUGCCCUCGUGCAGCGUAUUCUUAGGCACGGGGAGAAUGUGCUACUGCCUAGAUUGUCGCCCAACUCCCUGCCACAGCUCAUCAGCAAGGGCGAUGGCGGGGUGGCAGGGGGUGAAGCAAAGAAGGGACUGAGAGACGAUGAGGGAGAAUUAGUGAGCCCUUGCCAGACCUUCAACAGGAGGCUGCCGCGUGUAACGAGGCCGGAUUUGAUGCGAAUAGGAAGCCUCAAUUCAAACUGGCGCAGCAAAAGUUUUGAGACGGAGGAGCGGCAUGUUAUCCCAUCUGCAGAGGCUCUUGACAAGGCUUACGUCUUGGCCACACCCCCGCUCGAGUCCUCAUUCAGCGACCAUUCUGUCGCUCCUGACGCCCCGCUCAGCCUGCAGGCCUGUCCCGCUGUGGGGCUACCGGCGGGAUUGCAGCCCCCGGGGGCUCGGACAUUUUUGGAGGGGUCACCCUUAUUUGCUGUCUUCCCUAGUGGUCGCAUCUUUGUGGUUCACGCAGCUACCAGUAGAGGAGGGUCAAAAGGCCGCUGUAUGGAGGUCAAACUGCCAGUGUUGCCAGCGAAGAUACCUAGAGAGCCUGACCCCCUUAUCAAGUUCGGGGGCUUCGCUCCCAAGGGUUGGUUGCUAGGCGACGACGAGUUCACACAUACCCAGCCCCUGGCGCCAGCUUCUGCCCCUGGAUCACAUGCUUCAGGUCCCCGCAUUUCGCAGUCGCAACGGAAAAGGCAGCUGCGGCUGCAGAGGCAGCAGCAGUGCCACCGUCUGCAUGUGAGCUGGGUUCACAUUGCCCCUCACCCUCUCUAUCCCUGCCCAGGAGAAAACACCUACGAUGAGGGCCUACAAAGAGCGACCCCGCUAGAGGGCUCCUCCUGCGUGCUCCCUGCAGCGCUGCCGCCUCAAUACUUCACAAGCGGGUCCCCUUCGCAGCUCCCAAGCGCCAGCCAAACGGAAGCGCGCAAUAUAGCGACUAAAGGCCUGGGACACUGUCCACAGGUUAGGCUGCUAUCUCUUUGCCUCCCUGCGAUAGAGGUUGAGGCGUUGCCACCGGCGGGUCCGGCACGACGGAGUUGCAGGCGCACCUUGGAGCAUACUCAAGGCGAUGAUACGCCAGCAGGAACAGCACCAUCAUCAGUAGCUGGAUCUGCAGAGCAGCAAGAGCCAGAAAGGAUAGCCACAAAAACUUUCGAGGCCUCCGCUACCGGCUGCAAGGAGCCAGAAGCAGAAAAGACGACGAAAAUUGUAUCCUGUUUAGCAAGCCCGUCGACUUUUUCUGCUACUGUGCGCAAUCGUGCUGUUGACACAGAAAGCCCUGUACGUGAGUCUUUUUCAUCAUUCCCUGCCGUGCCGUGUGAGCGUCCCGUGGGUUUCUCCGUCCCACAGCGCGUGUGGCCAGUGGCUCUGUGCUCUUACUCUGCCAAGGGGUCACGCUUUCAGACUCACUUUAUUGUAUGCUGCGCACUACGGGAUGAAGAGACGCUGAAGUCUGCACGCUGCCGGUUAUGGUAUAAGGAAAAGGGACAGAAGUCCAACCGGCGCGGCAGCACUGGUUGUGGUGAGCCGCUCGGAGACAUGCAAAACAGGGAAGAGGAGGAGGAGCAGCAGCAAGCUGCUGUGACGCGCGCAGGAUCGUCCUCUUGCCAACCUGGGGGCUCUCAGCAGAGACAGCACACAGACUUCGGGGCCCCUAGAAGUAGUGCCCAAGACGCGAAAGCCAUCAGCUUCUCGCUCCAAAAGCAUCCUCAAGCUACUUUCGUGGGACUGGUAGCUGUAGGCACUUCAGAAGGAAGAAUUCUUUGCACUCCUCCACCCCGGUGCCUCAUCCGCCGCUGCUACUGCGGCGGGGAUUGUCUGAACGGUAUCACGGGAGAGGCUUCAAACAGCAGGGACGGCGGUAGCCCCUGUGUCGUCCAAGGUGCGCAGGCAACUACAAAGGACGCAGCGGACAUAGGUGCUAUGAACAGCUUCGCUUUGCCGCAGCCACAGAAACCGGAAACACAUGCAGAAAGUGGUCUACACAUUAGCAGCUACAGCGUUACUAGUAGUGUUAACGGUUGCAUAUCCUGCCCAACAGUAACUGCAGCGCGAGCAGGUCGAGGAGUGCCGUUUGUUGAUGUGGGUAGUUUUGGAGAUGGGGGUGGCGCGGUGGACUAUGUUGAGCUAGUUAGGGGAACCCCCUGGGCUCCGCGUGCAGAACUGACUGAUCAGCCCCAGCUCCUAGUCCCUACACAGCAGAGGGACUUCUCAUGGCACUGGACGAGACCUCCCACUUCCUCAUCGGAGGAGCGGGAAAACGGGAGCCAGGGAUCCUCAGGUCCGCCUGGCGACACAGCUGCAGGCGGCGCUACGUGCGGAGGCGUGGAAGCUGAAGCAUUAUGGCUGUUUGCAUGCAGCAAUGCAACAGGGAUUAAGAUAUUUAGAUUUGUGUGGAGUAUGCAGCAUGGUGGGGCGGGAGACGCCAGCCCCGGUAGGGAAGUUUUGGCCCAAUCGGGAGCCCCAAUAGCGAGAAACUCCUGCAGAGGGCUGCAGGAGCUCAUGGGGGAGUGGAAGUGCGUAUUGACCAUUCGUGGGCAUUGCCAGAUCAUGUCGCUAGACCUAAACAGUGGCAUUCUCGCUGUUUGCACCCCGAGGGACUCGAGGGUUUGUUUUAUUUGUUUCAAGCACCUAUUGCCUGCCCACAUAUACGUUGCACCCACGAAGGACAGCCCUGUGGUGUCUGCGGAGGACCUGGCGAAGUUCGGUCGCUUUGGCCUUCCGCGGCCUCAAUACGUGCCUUUAGGAGGCUAUCUGCCGGUGCAGCAGCGCCAGUUUGCGGCGUCGUUGCAAUCGCCCCGAGAGUGCUCACGCCUGGAGCUGCUGGUGGCAAGAAGGCCCUCCUUCCUCCAGCCCCUGGGAGGCCGUCGAUGGGUGGUCGUUGACGGAUCAGUCAUUAGGGUUGUGCAAAUUAAAGUCAAAGACCUCACCAUACAGCGGAGAACCAGUAGCGCUGCGCAUCUGGAGCAGCUCCAUGCAACGCUUAUGGGCUCUUCGUUGGAUCAGCUGCGGCAGCUGCGCCGUCCUGCCAUCGAGGAAUCAAAGCUCCCGUGGCUGCUGCUUGCCCAUCCUGCGCCGGACCUGCAGACAAUGCGACUUUGCGUCUUCUCUCACCCGCGCACAAUAUACCAAUGUGCGUUUGACGGCAUUCGGCGGCUGGUAACGGUGGACCUACAGGAGGUGCUGAUGGUGUGGGACCUGCAGCGGUACACGAAACUGUUCGGAGUUGAUCUGAUGGCCAGCGGCUCCAGACACAGCGGAACCCUUUCAGACAGCCAGGAAGAUGACGAAUACACAGUCAACGGGGAGCACAUGGGACUCGCCAACGACGAAGUGGGCAGCGAUCAAGAGCAUGGAGCAAUUGGGCGAAGCAACUCAAGAAGAGGAGACCACGGGGCACCCAGCAACGGUGAUGUGGGGCCCUGCAGCGCCAGAGUAGCGCGGAAGGCCAGUAAGCUAAGCCUGAAAAAGCAGUUCGGGAGCGGGUGGAUGCAGAAGCAGGUCCUGGCUCACUGCAAAACCAAAGUAGAGCUACCGCAUGCGCCCUCUCUUGGCUCUUCACGGCAGUGCACUACCAAUAUGGAGGCUUGUCGCGGCCGCGCUAGCCGUCAGCUGGGAGAGAGAGUUGUCGUAGGAGGUGUCUGGUUUAAUGCAACCACCCUUGAGCCAGCCGUGCAGUUGCAGUUACUCUAUGACACACAGAAGGAAGUAGCUGGAAGCUCAAGGAUUGCCGAAGGUAGCUUAGAGACCAUUACAACUUCGCAGCAGCAACAACAGCGGCAGACUGCUGUUGACGGCAGCGGAAGCUUACUGCAGGCCGCAGAAUUCAAACCUGUAGUGGAUAGCAGCAACUGGGGGACCACCUCAGGGCUUAAUGCAGACACAAUGAACCCUUCCUGUGAUAUGAGUAAAGGGCGGCAGGGACAGUCUAUGGGGUUGCCUGCUGUGGAUGAGGAGCAGCCGCUUGAUCCGGAACUGUCGGCAGCUGUGGCUGUCUGCUAUGCAGACGACUUUCCGCCUCUCAGCACCCCCUUCCCCCCGAAGACGGAUAAGGCCUUUGCGAAGAGAGACCGCGCCUCCCCUAAUGCACAGGGGACGACAACCUGUUCGAGCUCUUCGCCGGCAGCUGCUCCUCAGUCAGUUUGUUCAUCACCUGCCCCUGCAGAGUACAGCGAAGUGCAGGUUAUUUCUGCUCAUGGGAAUCGAGGGGACCACUUGGCAUCACUAGGCCACUGCGAGGAAUCUCGCGGCAAAGCGUCUCCGCCUAAAGUACUGCUGUCGCAGGUUCCAGCAGAUCUCGAAACAAGAAGGAGUACAAGUGCAGCUGCUGAUGGUAUAAAACCCAGCUUUGCAGCUGUGGUUGCUGCCGGCAACUCUUCGUCUGAGGCUACCUGCCAGCGCACAGGCUGGGCCUCGGGACCCACAGAUCUUUCCUUCCUCAUUAGCUUGGUUGGCGAGGAAGGAGCGCGGGCUCUGCAUGACUCUGCUGCGGCAAUUGGUAUGACUGCAGAGGAGCUCUACGUACAGCAGAUGGAACAAUGGGAGCAAUUGCAACAGAGAAGCAGCAGGAAUGCGCAUGCAGAAGCCUCCAGUAGCGUCGAACCCACGAAUUUGGUGGUUGAGGGACAGAAUACUGAGGACAGCUAUGUCGGCGACACGCUACCUGGAGCUUAUCCAGCGACGGUUUCUUCCCCACACUUGUGUGAUGGCACAGCACACCAGAGGGAACAGCAGUCGCCUGCAGCGCUCCCCUCAGCACCCUGUCCCGUCUCUGAUGUCGAGUCUUCAAAGGCAUCCAAGGUGUCGGGCUCGCCAGCUGUCGCUGCUUUGGUGGGUUCGCCGCAGGGUUGGUCUUUGGAUAGAUUUGAGCAGUCGCUAAGUCCAUCGCCUUGCUCACAUCCGCUGGCAGGGCAAACGGUUCACGGCUUAGGGCCUCACUCUGAGAGUCGAAUGGUAGGGCUUCUCGGCAGACAGCGUUGCAUUGCUCGCUUGGGUCCCAACGCCCAGCGACGACAUGUGACGGCAGUGUGCGUCAGCGAGACCUGUUUGGCUCUAUUGUUCAAGAACUUGAAGACUUGGCAGAUAUGGACGUUCGGUCCCACGGGCUCUCUGGCUCAACCGGCAGCUGAGACAGCUACAGGGUCGACACUGUAG